UAAAGGGGUGGAAGGUUAGGACGAUUCUAAGGGCCCAGCCUGAUUUAGGGCCCAGAAGAGCAGACCCCCUUUUUAUUUUCCUAUUUCUUUUCUCUUUUUUUAAUACAUACAUUAAAUAUGCUAGGGCCCCUCGUGCACUAAAUGUGUAUUUUGUCCGUUUUGACCAUAGAUUUAAUAUUUAAAAAACAAAUAAUGUAUUUACUGUUUCGGUCACAACCCUCCCUGCUCCCUCUCACAAUGGUUCAUUCCACCUGCGCUCGCUAGUGUAGCGUCUCUUGCUUAUUGGACUUGCCGCAGACAGUGACACACGCAGACACGUCACAUCAAAAGUCAGGGAAACAAAAACGGAAGGAAAAGAAGUCAAGAGAAGACAGAGAACGCCAAAGUCGACAGUAUGUCACACAGUUUUUCAAAAAGAAAGGUAGCUUGCCAUAUUCCUGUAUUCCAAAACUUAUUUUUGUUGCUACAUGACCUGCUUUUAUCUAGCGAGCUUAGUAAAAUAAUUACUGAAUUAUGAUUUACAUCCAACAAUAAUAACAUCUCUGCUGUCUCCGGGACGGGUUAUCAUGUCUCGUAGACACAGAUUCAGCGGCUGCUGCACACCCACGUCCCCCACCCCCCGUCCCCGUCUCAGCCGAACAAGGACACAGUUACAGGACAGGUUGAUAGAAUAUGUUGAGGAAACACUCAAUUAUAUUGAGACUGUGAGGGACUUCUGUGACCAAGAACAAAAAUGGAUCUCUGAGAGAAAGGCAGAGCUUAAGAAGAUGAGAGACAUUAUGUUGAGACAAAAUGAGGAGGAGAAGCUGGAUGCCGUUCUCGCAGACACUAUAAUGGGGCUGAAGGAACUUGAGAUCUUCCUGGAUGCUGUGGAGAAGCUAACAGUGACUUCACGCCAUGUUUUCAGUGAACAUAUCUUCCUACUGAGGGGACAGAGCCCUGAAAGUCUGAAGUCAGUCAUCAUAGCGGCAGGAGAAGUGGCUCCUCUCCUCAUUCACUUUAAAAGAAAUGCAGAAACCUUCUUCCGUCCUAUACUCCAGAAUGUGAAUGUCUUGGUCUAUCAGCUAGACAACUAUGUACUCAAUACAAAAAAGCUUUGUAAGAUAUUAAGACAAAGUUCAGUCUUGUCAGGAGACAUCUAUAAACAUAAAAUGGAUCAACCUUUUAUGCAGCUCAUUUUGAACGCAGGUGAGAACAACAUGAAACAAAUGCUUCAUCAUUUGAACCAGUUGCGUGAAAUCAGGAUGGACCAGCCCACCCGACUGGCGUUCCUUUUUCAGGAACACGCUCAGGAAUUCAUUGACUUAUUCAGUGAACGUCGCUCUAGAAUGUGGAAGUUCCUGUCUGAUCUGGAGAAGACAGCAGUUAAGCUGAACGAGAUGAAGAAGGGGGCCAGUAUAUCUACUGUGGCUGGUAGUUCAGUGGGGAUAGUAGGGGGGGGCUUGUCUAUUGCUGGCAUUAUUCUUGCCCCUUUCACUGCAGGAGCAUCUUUGGUUGUAUCUCUGGCAGGGCUCGGUCUGGCGGGCAUCAGUGGAGUCAAUGCUAUUGUAACAGGGGUCACUGAAAUGGCAGUCAACAGUCACCAUGAGAACAAUGCACAAAGUUAUUUUAAGAGUUACGUUGAUGAUAUGAGCGAGGUUUUAUUCUGUCUGAAAGAAGCAGGCAACAGUGAAAGACCUUUAGUGCAGCCUAGUGGAGUUGAUGUUAAGGAUGUGUUAAACAUGGCUAGAGAAGGGAUUGAAACUGGUGUGGAUGCACUGGGUGUAGUUGCAGAUGUUGUUGAGCAAAAAAGUACAAAUUUAAUUGCAGCAACCGAGAUCACAGUGACGGACUUAGUCACUGAAACACCACAGGUGGCUAUAAGCCUGUCUAAGGUGGCAAAAGCAGAAACACUGUUGAUCACAAAGUCUGUUAGAGUCGCAUCUGUCGCAGCAAAUUUUCUUUUUAUUGGCCUGGAUGCCUAUUUUCUUAUCACAGAAAGCAUGAGUCUUGCAGAAGGUAGUGAGAGUGAGGUCUCUCAGCUCAUCCGCGCCAGGGAAGCUGUGUGGAAAUCAGAGCUGGAGGCCUGGGAGAAAAUUCACGAUUCCUUAUGCAUAGGAAUAAAGACGAUUAGCGAGAGACAGAUCACCUUGGAGAAACCAUUUCUUCCUUAGAUAUCGAAAUGUGCAUGGGUAUUUAUUCAAAUGCUACAUCAUAUUCAAUUUAAUUAUAUCACGGGGCUGUUGACUGCUUCAUUCUGAUUGGCUAAUGAACAUUCUAAGAUUGUACAAUAUUAUUUAGUUAAACUCACAUCUAUGGAGUUUUUCCAGAUCUGUCAUCCAAAUUACAGUUCCAUAUCAGAGUGGCAAGUUUAACUGAAUAAUGUCAUAACCGUAGCCUACUGUCCAUCCAUUGUUUUAUCUCAAGACAUUUAUAUGGUAUUUGUCCUCAUAUGCUCUGGUAGGACUAAUUUCUUACUUAUCGCAAGCCUGUAUUCAGAUAUCAGGGAGCGAGAAAGAGAGAGAGAGAAAGAAAGAAAGAAAGAGAAAGAGAGAGGAAGACAGACAGUGCACAUGCAUUUGCUUCAUACUCAACAGGCCUGUCAUAAGAAAAGCACAAGAGGAAAAAACAUUACUUCUAAAUAUAAAGCUUGCUAUUCUGUCUCUAAAGCACCGUUUACUGAUUCCACUGACGUAUUUUUCACAUAAAGCCAAUCAUUGAAGAAAUUUAAGCUGUUGCUAUUUUCGUCUUUCUUUGUAUUUUAUCUUUAACUUGCCCAUUGUUUCAUGUCAUUUGCUGAUACUUUACCUUUGAAAUAUGCCUUAACAUUGUUAAUAUUUAGAAUUAGGAUUUCAACAAGUUUUCUCAGAUAAUUCAACUUGAUGUGAUUUUGUUUGUUGUUCGAAAUUUUCAUGCUAAAUAUCAACAGUCAUAUUUUCUCCGAUAAUACAAAUCGCUGUGAUUAAAUUUUCAUGCUAAAUAUGAAGUCACAUUUUCUCAGACAAUGCCAAACGCUGUCAUUUUGUUUGUUGUUAAAAAUGUUCAGGCUAAAUAUUAACAAUAAUUGUUUUCUCAGACAAUGAAAAUUGCUGUGAUUUGGUUUGUUGUUAGAUCUGUAUUAAGUGAUCAAUGUCCUGUGUGGCAUGAGCCGGUAUGAUAUUUUGACAAUAUGAUAACCUUUGGCAAAAGUGUCACGGUUUCACAGUAUUGCAAUUACAACACUACAAUGUGUUAUUUUCAAAUGACUCUUUACAACUUUUCAACUGUACACAAAUACAUUUUAUUUUUAAACAACAUUCGUAGAACCUGUAUGUCAGGUCAAAACAAAGCCUUAAAAUUAUAAUACACAUGAAAAAAAUGUUUUGUCAUAGCCUGUAUGCAAUGCCUAAACAUCAAACAUUUCAUUACAUGACUUGAUUAUUUAUAUUUGUAUAUAGCCUACACAGCUCAUACCUUUGAAACGAUAUCUCCGAAUUGUUUUGUGAUUUUGAAACCUUCAAUUAAUCCUUACUUGGCCCACCUCAGAGCCAUUGAGAAAGAGAGUCACGUCUUCUUCGUUGACUCCAAUGAAACAGUUUUUUCACAGUUUCAAUAGUUCCCGGAAGUUAACAGUAACGCAUGGAGCUGCGACUAAACAGACCAACUGAGGUAAACUUCUAACCCAUCUAACGACGAAAGCCAUUUAAUGAAUACAAAAAUUAAGAAAAUAAAGCAUUUAAAGAGAAAACAUAACUCCCUGGAACUAUCCGAAGGCUCCAUGAAUAGCGUUUCGGACUUCCGUUGGCACAACUCUCUCUCUCAAUGGCUCUGAGUAAGUCAACCAAUCACAUAACUGAUCUGGUGUUAAAUUUCCAAGGGAAGCAUAUAACUUCAUUUUGGUUCUACUGAUGUCUCAAUUAUUUUUGCUUUUUUUAACAUUUAUUUAAUUCUGAUGAUUUAUUGUUUUUGUGUAAUAUUUGUGCAAAAAAUGUUUGUGCAGGAACAAUAUUCAACUCUUAAUUGUUGUUUUGUUUUUCCAAAGAAUUGUUGUCCUAAAUAUUUAUGUCCAUUAUAUCAAUAUAAAGACUCCAUUAUCAUCGAAUAUUGAAAAAAUAAAGAAAUUAGGCAUAUUUCAAAUGGAAACUGCAAAAAGAAAAAAGCUUUGUCUGAAAAUCUCUGUGUAUUUAGAAGUAUGCUGUUUGCUUUUUGAACCACUAGAGUUCACACUCUUAUUAAACAUUUUUAUAUUG